AUGGCGAACGAUACACCGCCGCCUACAUCUGGCUCUCGAACAGGUCUCUCGCUGUAUGCGAAUCUGCUUGACCCAAACAACCAAGCUCCUGGCACUAUUUCUGGUGCCCCUGUUACAUACAACAAACCAGCUGAUUCUCCUGCCGAAGACGAAGCUGCAAAGAAGCAAAAUGCCCUUGCUGCCUCUCUCCGAUUUCAACCUACGAAAAGACCACAAUUGGCUGCUCAAAAAGCAAAAGCAAAAGCCAUCGCAAGCAAGCUAGCAGCUCUCCCAAAGCCAGCUGAAAGUAUCAACGAUCCGCCGGCCGCGGAUGUCAAGGCUGAGCGGACCGGUGUACUUGCGGCGGCGUCCACUCCUCUGUCCGCUCAGAAGAGCACGGUAGCAGACUGGACUGCCACUGUUUCCGAUGACGAGGAUAUCAAUGCGUACUAUGCGAGCACUCGCCAACGUGGAGGACGUAAAAAGCGGAAGAAGAAUAAAGACUCCUCACAGCAUAUUCAGCACGAUUGGGACGACAUCUACGAUCCUUCGAGACCAAACACAUAUGAAGAGUACAAACAUAGUGACGAGAAAAUUCGUGAGGUCAGAGAAUGGAAAGAUCUCCUUUAUCGUCAUCGAAUGCAGCGUAAGAAGUCGAGCGACCACGACUCCGACAGUGAUACCUGCAUUAACGAAGCCAAAAACAGUAAGCAGUUCACCAAGCAAUCAGUUCAUUAUAUUAACUUGGCAGGACAAUUUGUACCCCCACCUUCAAUGUCAUUCGCGCCUCCUGCAUCAUUCACAGAGCCUCCUCCUCCGCCUCCUCCACCCGAAGAAACCGAACACGAACCGCCUGCUGCCGGCAAGGUGCCUGGUGACACGAGGGGCGAAGAUGCGUGGGCACGCCGUAUGCAGAUGACGGGCAAGAAUAUCCAACUACCGCCUCCAGCAACAGUCCCUUUGCCGCUCCCUGGACAAAUAGCUAGGGCACCCGUACGCUACAACCUCCCUUCGCCCGAUCCUGAGCUUCCUGCAAAUGAGGCUGAGUUACAAGCCAUGGAUGUAGAUGAAGAGCCACAAGAAGCUCAGUCUCAUGCCCCCAAGUCUCUCAAACCAGGUCAGGCUAAGUUUGCUGAGCGACUCAUGGCCAAAUAUGGUUGGUCUAAAGGACAAGGCCUAGGUAAAGAAGGCACUGGAGUCACAUCAGCUCUCUAUGCAAAGGUCGACAAGAGGAAAAAGAAAUCAGAUGCCGAAGGUGGGGGCUAUGUCACUCCAGUUCAAACUGGUCGCAUCAUGGGCGGCACUAAAUCGCGACUUGGCAAGGAAGCAGAAGAGGGCAAAUUCGGUGCUAUGUCAGAAAUCGUACGCCUUGAAGGAAUGCUUCAGGGUAUGGAUAUUCAGGCAGAGAUGAUGAGAGGAGAUGGUAAUAUUAUGCAAGAGAUUGGCGAAGAAUGUGGUGACAAGUAUGGCAAUGUCGAGCGAGUCUACAUUCACUCGAAUACUAGCAAUGAGUUGGGCGCAAUGGUCUUCAUUUACUUCACACAGCCUCUGUCCGCCCUUCGAGCUGUGAAUGCUCUCGAAGGACGAGUAUUCAAUGGCAAUGAGAUUCGAGCACGGUUCUGGCCUAAGGAGAAGUUCGACCAAGCGCAGUACGAGUAG